AUGACCGCUCGUCAUGUACAAAUAUUUUCACAGCCCACGCCUAUGCCCCGCGCCCCACCUGAAUUUUCUCAGGCCCCACCAGUGGGGCGUACGCCCCACCUUGGGAAUCACUGCUCUACAACGAUGUCAAUUUGGUACAACACCCAGGACAAAAAAAUAAAUAAAAACAAUAAUGUUAAUGACCACAUGAUUAACAAUUUCCCAGGAGAAAGUCGACAAUAUCUAAGUUCGGACACUAUAGCCGAUAGAAAUGAUCACCAGUAUCCACAGGAUUUCCUUAACACACUGAAAAAGUAUUGUCCUAUAAUGCUCCUACGAAAUUUUGACCCUGCCAAUGGACAUUGCAACGGAACAAGAUACACCGUCACGCAACUCAAUUCUCACGUCAUCGAGGUGGCAAUAGCGAUUGGCCCUCACAGUGGUAAGAACUUGUUCAUAUCUCGUAUACCAUUGGUACCCUCCGACAACCAGUUUCCCUUCCAAUUACGACCCAGGCAGUUUCCCAUCAAACAAGCCUUCUCAUUCCAGCUAACAAAUCUCAAGGCCAGACUUUAG